GUGAAGCAGCUGCCUCAGUUGCUUGGAGCCAAAGAUGCUCUUCCCAGAUGCUCUUCCCUUCUUUUGAAGAAGAGAGCUGUGUUCAAGACAGCACCACCUUGCACAGAAUUGUAAAAUAUCUCCAUAGUACAUGAAAUGGUUUGUAAGAGCUCCCAUAACAAAUAUCUUCUUUGCGUUGUAGGGCAAUCAUUCUUCUGUAAUUCUUCCAGUCUUUUGCCUUUCCUGGCAAAAGAGAAAACGCUUCUUAGUGUAUCUGGAAUCUGAAUGGGAGUGUCAGUCAAGCAGGACUCCUCUGGGCCCAAAUUAAGAAAAGGUCUUCCUCUUGUUCAAGCUGAGGGCAGUGGACCAUUCUGGGAAAGAACCACAUAGAAGUGCCUGGAAGAGGAUAUGCUCAGCUCAGAUUUACAGUGCCAGCGCUUCAGACAGUUCCGCUACAAGGAGGCCAACGGGCCCAGAAAGGUUUGCAGCCAACUCCACAAUCUCUGCCGUCAAUGGCUGAAGCCAGAAGCGCACACGACGGCUCAGAUGAUGGACCUGGUGAUCCUGGAACAAUUCUUGGCUAUUGUUCCCCCAGAGAUGGAGAGCUGGGUCCGAGAGUGUGGAGCGGAGAACAGUUCCCAGGCGGUGGCCCUGGCAGAGGGUUUUCUCCUGAGCCAGGCAGAGGAGAAGCAGAAGAAAGAAAAACAGCAGGAGUUGUUUGUGGUGGAGGCGGCUGACAUGGAGAUGUGCCCUUCUGAGACCAAGCAGAUAAUGCUGGGCAGGGACAGAGACUCCAGUGUAGUAGGAGAUGGAAUAUUGCCAUGGUCAAUAUCCCUUGAUAGUGAUGCUCUUGAUGCCCAUUCAGUGAGGUUGAAUCAGGUGACCUUUGAGGAGGUGGCUGUGUUUUUCACUAAGGAAGAGUGGGCCCUGCUAGACCCAAGACAAUGGUUCCUGCACUGGGAAGUGAUGGGGGAGAAUUUGGGUCUUGUGUCCUCUGUGGCUGCUGAUGGGCAACUGAUUGAGAAUAAAGAGAAAUCAUACAGGGGGUUGCCUGAAAGAGCCACAUAUGAACAGAUAGAAGAGCAAGGAAGGAACAUUAACACUAAAGGACAGAGGAGUGUCAUUGACACUCAAGAACACAGGAGAAGCAAAGCAUCAGUUUCUGAAAGUGGAGAGUUCUCAGUUGAAGAAGUCACACAAAAUGGAAAGGAAUGUGUUUGUCUUCUGUGUGGGAGAUGCUUCACUUGUAAAGCAAGCUUUAAUUGUCAUAUGGAAACACACACAGGGGAGAUGUCUUUCCAACAUGGUGAGUGUGGAAGAAUCAUUGGUGAUGGGAAGGACCUGGCUUCCCAUAAAAAAAAUCACAUUAGAGAUAAACCAUUUCAGUGCCUGGUGUGUGGAAAGAGUUUCCAUAAAAAGCUGCAUCUUACCUCUCAUGAAAGAAUCCAUACAGGGGAGAAGCCAUUUAAAUGCUUGAUGUGUGAAAAGAGAUUUAAUCACAAGAGAACCCUCACUCGCCAUGCAAAAGGUCAUAUGGGAGAGAAACCAUUUAAAUGCUUGGAAUGUGGGAAGAGCUUCAUUCAGAAGACAGACCUCGCUCGUCAUGUGUCAAUUCAUACAGGAGAGAAACCAUUUAAAUGCUUGGAGUGUGGAAAAGGCUUCAGUCAGAAGGGGAAUCUUGCAUGUCAUGAAAGAGUUCAUACUGGGGAGAGACCAUUUCAGUGCUCCGAGUGUGGAAAAAGUUUCAGUCGCAAGAAAGGCCUCAUUUAUCAUCAAACAACUCACACAGGUGAAAAACUGUUUCAAUGUAUGGAGUGUGGAAAGUGCUUCAGACAGAAGGCAAAUCUCACUUAUCAUCAGACAACUCAACAUAGGGGAGAAACCAUUUCGAUACUUGGAGUGUGGAAAGAACUUCAUUCAGAAGCUGCACCUCACUUGUCAUCAGAUAAUUCAUACGAGGAGAGAUCAUUUCAAUUUUUUUAGUAUGGAAAGAGUUUCAGUUGAAACAUAAACCUCAUUCAUCAUCAAGCAGUUCACACAGGAGAGAAACCAUUUCAGUGCUUGAAAUGGGGAAAGAAAUUCAUUCAGAAGGUACACCUCAUUUGCUAUCAAGCACCUCAUACAAGAGGGUUGCAAUUCAAAUUGGAGUGGGCAACAACAAAGCUGAGGUGGCUCCACCAUAAGAAGAUCAUGGGCACCAUUUUGGGUUGAUUGGAAGUGAUAUGACAUUACUUUUAGUGUCCUUUGGAACCAUUGUGAGAGGAAGUCUUUUGCUGUUUUCAGGUGACAAGGUGCAAUAGGAACGUUGGGUACUUACCGUGACACGUUCAUUUCCUGCAGAGAAGGGUCCUGGCAUCCUGUAAUCUGGGUUUAGCUCCUCCUAUUUGCUCCUUUAGGCAGGGACUAUAAACAAAA